AUGUUUGGAAUUAUUCAAAUUAUUCUAUGGAUUUACACUAUAAGAAGUAAACUUUCGAAUAUGUCGACAUAUACAAAAAUAGUUUUCAUAAUUCUUACCAUUCAACUACUUAAUACACUAUUCAUCAUGAUAAUUUUUUGCUACCGUGAGUUAAUGAAUCAAUUAUUAUCUUCAUUCUUCAUUAGUUAUGUAAUUCGAUCUCUGGAAGACUCAAUGGUACGAUCAAUUGUUUUAAGUGUAUUAGUCUUCAUUGCAGUUGUGACUGCAUUAUUGAUUGCAUUUGUGAAGGAAAUAAGUGAUACAUUCCCAUUGAAUGUUAUUACUUUGUUUAUUUAUACGAUAACCUUAGCUACAGCUAUUGAAAUAUUGGAUAUAUUGGUGGGUAUGGGUGCUAAACUUGGUGCUUUUGGAAUCAGUUUAACAUUAUUUACAUCGGCAUUACUUAUUGGUGCAGCUAUCAAAACAAGAUUAGCAGAUUAUUUAACGGCAAUUGUAAUACUGUUUAUAAUCGCUGCUAUUUCAUUUGCUGUAGCAAGUAUUUUAAUCACAAUUUUUAAACACUCGUCAGCAGCGAUCAUAUUCUACAUACUUACAGAUAUAUUGCUAUUUGUUAUAACAAUAUUUGUCAGUCAAAUAACAGUUGGCAAAUUACAAUUACGUAUCUUUUGUACAGAAUAUACUUUGGCUGCAUUAUUUUUAUAUAAUAUGUUUUCAACUACCUAUUUAACCACUACUGGUAUGAUUUGUAACAUAACCAGCACUUGUAAUAGUUCAAAUGCAUCCAUUUAUUCAUUCAACAAUUUACCGG